AUCUACUUCCCUCCUCUGCUACUUUUUUUGUUCGCUGAUUUUUCCACGAGAAAAAUGCCAGACUUGGGUAAUCUUUCACUCUCUGCAGCUCUUACGCUCACUCGGUGCCCUAAUAUCAAACCUGUUAUUGAUCCUACUGAUAUUACAUCUUCGCUCCUCUGCGACGAUUCUGUUAAAUCUCUGCCUACUGGUAGUAUUUGGGGGCAGGGGUUUCAAUGUUCAUUUCCCAACGAUGAUGAGGUCGGCAGAGGCUGUGGGAUUAGGGUUUCGAGCCAGAGCGGAGACGCGUUGGACAGAUCUAAAAGGCAUUAUGGAGGGAAGAAUUUGGAAGACCAUGUGAAAUCUUGGGUUCGUAGAAAGCAAGAGUCCGGCGUUCCCGAGUCUCGUUGUUCAUUUCCAUUUCUCGAAGGCGCUCGGAAAAUGGUAGAAAAAGAAUGUUUGUGUUGCCGGAGAUAUAUAUUUCCCGGAGAGGAGGUCGAAUGCAGUAUUCGUGGCUGUGGAGGAGUUUACCAUGCAAUAUGUGCCAAGGAAAGCUUGGGAUUCUCAGGUCACAGGAAGUUCAAGUGCCCUCAACAUGAAUGCUUUAUAUGCAAACAAAGAUUACAUUGGAAGUGCAUACGCUGCACUAUAGCAUCGCAUGAUAAAUGUGCACCAUGGCCAGAUAAAGUGAUGCAUUUAAAUAAUCAACCUGGAAAAGCCAUCUGCUGGAGGCAUCCAACCGACUGGCGAGUGGACUUAAAGCAUGCAGUGACAACAAAUGACAUAGAGGAGGUAUUUUGUCGCUUGCCUCUUCCCUAUGUUGAUGAGGAAUUCAAGAUUGACAUAACAUGGAAAGAUAUGGAGAAAAAGAUGGAGCCACCGCCAUACACCCACAUAAGGCGCAAUAUUUAUCUAGUAAAGAAAAAGCGGGAUAGUGGUGUUGCUGAUGGCAUUGGAUGCACAAACUGUAAAUCUGAAUGCUCGGAUGACUGUGUGUGCAGGGUUCAAUGCAUAAGCUGUUCAAAAGCUUGCCAUUGCAGAGACACUUGUACGAAUAGACCAUUCCGUAAGGAGAAGAAGAUCAAAAUUGUCAAGACUGAAUAUUGUGGCUGGGGUGUGGAGGCAGCAGAGUCUAUUGGUAAAGGUGAAUUUGUCAUCGAGUAUAUUGGGGAAGUUAUUGAUGACGCUCUAUGUGAACAAAGGCUUUGGGACAUGAAAUAUAAGGGCAUGAAGAAUUUCUAUAUGUGUGAAAUUCGGAAAGACUUCACAAUUGAUGCAACUUUCAAGGGCAAUGCAUCUCGUUUUCUAAACCACAGCUGUGAUCCCAACUGUAGUCUUGAGAAGUGGCAAGUUGAGGGGGAAACACGUGUUGGUGUGUUUGCUGCUCGAUCAAUUGAGGUUGGAGAGCCGUUAACAUAUGACUACAGAUUUGUGCAAUUUGGACCUGAGGUGAAAUGCCAUUGUGGUGCUUCAAACUGUCAACGCUUUCUUGGAAGCAAAAAAAGGAUAACUGCCAUGGACCUCUUCUGGGGUACAAAACGCAGGAGAACGUCAGCAGCUCGCAUAACUGAUGAUUUAGAGAGUGAUGUUCAAUCCGAGGAUUCAUUUGAUAGCCUUUAUGCAUAUUCCAUUAGUCUUCCUUUGCAUCUGAUUCUGCCGCCUGUAUUGCUAACUUUGCAUCUUCAGCUAAUUCCCUCUUCAAAAGUUCAUAAACUCCAAUCAGAAGUUCCAAGCAUUCAGGGCCGCGGCGGAGCUGAAGGUUGCGUCCGGGGCAGAGGAAGAGUGGGAGUUUCCUUCCAUAGAGAAUGGCGAUGAAGAAGGUAAUGGGGUUUUGUUAAGGUAGAAAUUUGGUGUGAAAGAUCAGAUCAGAUCAGAUCAUUAGCGGUGGUGAUAUUGGCGGAGACGGCUCAAUCUCUGGUUUUUAUUUAUGAAAUUUGAACUCUCUAGAAACACAUUUGGAAAGAAUAAUUAUUCUUAUGUUGUUGAUACAAGGAAUAGUUGUGUAAAUUUUCCCAAGAAAUAGGUCGGGAUUUUCUUGUUCUUCACUCCUCUCUUUGUAGCGGUACCAAAUAGGUUGUUUCAGGGUUUCUUAGUUUAAUUUUGAUGAAUGUGAUUAGAUUAGGGCAGCCACUUCAAUGA